AUGCCGGAAAAAGGUUUUAACCUGAAGAGCAAUGAUGUGAUGGUUGUUCCUGUGCCAAUUACAAAGAUAAUCAAUGCUCUCAAAUGGGAACAAUUCUGUGAUGCUCGGUCACUUCUCGAUGAUGAACUAGUUCAAGAAUUCUAUGCUAGUUUGAUUACGCAAGAUGCUAUUGAAGUCAUUGUUCGAAAGAAAAAUGGGCAGUAUGUUCAAGGGUGUAUUACAGGUCAUGAUCUUGAAAGGUUGGUAGAAAGAGUGCAUGAGUUGAACCAAGAUUUAAUGAAACCUAUCUCCAUCCUAGUGGGGAAUUUAAUCUUUAUACAAAAAGUAAUUGCAGAGCUCGUGGGAACAUAUUUCGUGAUAUUUGCAGGAUGUGGUUCAGUGGUGGUGAAUAAGUUAUACGACGGCAUUAUUACAUUUCCUGGGAUUUCUGUAGUUUGGGGUCUCAUUUGUAUGGUCAUGAUCUACUCUGUUGGUCAUAUUUCGGGUGCCCAUUUUAAUCCUGCGGUUACCAUUACUUUCUGCAUUUUCCGUCGUUUUCCUAUGAAACAAGUGCCUGUUUAUGUAGUGGCACAGCUCCUUGGAUCAGUCCUAGCAAGCGAAACUUUAACUCUGGUUUGGGAUAUACCUCGAGAUGCCUUUUUUGGAACAGUACCAGUUGGACCUGCUUCUCGAUCUCUAGUUCUUGAGAUUAUCAUUUCCUUUCUAUUGAUGUUUGUUGUAUCGGGGGUGGCUACAGAUAGUCGUGCUAUUGGAGAAUUGGCUGGAAUUGCAGUGGGGAUGACAAUAACGUUAAACGUGUUCGUAGUUGGACCGAUAUCAGGGGCAUCAAUGAACCCAGCAAGGACACUUGGACCGGCUAUAGUGAUGCGUGUAUACGAUGGAAUCUGGGUUUAUAUGGUUGGACCAAUGCUGGGCACUGUAUCGGGAGGAUUUGUUUAUAAUUUGAUUAGGUUCACUGAUAAACCUCUAAGUGAACUAACCAGAUCAUCUUCUUUCGUGAAGAGCAUGUCCAAAAGCACUGCCACCGCUACUCUUUAG